UAUACGGGAGCGUUCAUGCUGCGACGCCUUCGUGUCUGGCGAUCGACGUUUCUCGUAAUAUUUCAAAGGAAAAAGAUUCUUUUCGCUUAAAAAGAGUAAUUCGACUAUUUAAUUUCGAAAGAAUGGAAAGAAUCGGUCGAAUCACACGUAAAGGCAUACCUCACAGCAUUAAUUCCCCUGUACAUGUUAUAUGGAAAAGACGAUUCAACUAUUGUUAAGAGACAAAGAAAAAGAGAAAGAUCGUAGUUUUAGAAUUCAUAGAAUCCUUCCAGAACGAAACCAUUCCUUUUAGCUGAAUUUAUAUUUUGUAUUUAAAUGAGUAUCAAUGGUGAUAAUAUGUGAAAGAAUUAAGGUGUUAUAUCACAAUUACGUUUGUGGUUGUUUUCAGUUACAAUUUUAUCAAUGCUAUUUUAUCAACAUGCAUCAGAAAAGUAUCAUAAUUGGUAAUUAUAAUAUUUGUCAAAAAUAAUUUUCACACAAAUAAGACUUUAAAAAAAUUACAUAAUUUUUAAAAAUAAUUAAAUUUGUACUUGUGAUACUUUUCAACAAAUGUUGCUAAUACAGUGAUUUGAAGUAAGGGAGGAGCAAGAGAAAAAUUGUGAACAGUCCGCAACAUUGUGGAAAGAAAAUUAUAAAGUAACAUUGUUAAAGUUUGCACUGAGAAUCGUCUAAAUGGAAGGGAGGGCCCUCAUAUACCAAUUAAUGCAAUUAAAAUUAUGCCGCAGACAAUAGGCACUGUAUUUGCAUCGAAGCGAGUGCAAGUGAACGAUGUCACACUUAUGAUGGGAAUAUGGGACACUGCGGGUAGCGAAAAGUAUGACGCAAUGACUAGAACAUAUUAUCGUGGUGCUAAAGCUGCCAUAGUGUGUUAUGAUAUCACACAGCCGAGUACAUUCCAAAGAGCAAGACACUGGGUGAGAGAACUCAGGAGUAUCGAGGAGAAUUGUAAAGUGUAUCUUUGCGCCACCAAGAAAGAUUUGUGUGAUGAAGGUUUUGUGUCGGAUGAUCCAGAUAUGCAGAACAUGGUGGAAAGGUAUGCAAGCGGUACGCAGACCAAGCUUUUCGUAACGUCUAGUAAAACAGGAGAGAAUAUAGUCGAAUUGUUUGACGAAAUCAUACAGGAUUUCGCGUCUAAUCCAGAAAAUUUACAAAAGGUAGAAGAAACAAUUGUUUUGAGCAAAAAGACCGGGGAAAGGUAUUGUUGCGCAACCUAACAAUCAGUAUUGGUACUCAUUGUAUUUUUUUAUGCUUUUUUUAUGGCAGAUGAUUUAUCUCAGAUAUUACGGUAAUCUCGUAAUAAAAUAGACUCUAUUGUUAAUGACCAAUGUGAUAUUUUGCUCAGCAAAGCUUAAAAUGUUAUACUCGCAAUGUUGCCAGCUAUAAAAAAAUGGAUUGAAUGUUUCAGUAAAUAAUAAAUUUACUGAAAAAUUUAAUAAAAAAGUGUAUAGAAUAUGCACAUAAGAUUUUGUAUAAUUGAAAUACUAUGCAAUAUAUACAAUUGAGAAAUGUUCUUAAA